AUGAAGCGAUUAGGAGAUAAAUGUUAUUGCAAAGAUAAAAUAUCAUCGCCUGUUACCAAAUAUACGGAGCUAGAACCAGCGCUUUGCCAAGAAUUGCAAAAAAUCGUGGAUGCGCUUAUAGUACGAGGAAAAGGACUAUUAGCUUCUGACGAGUCUCCUUCGUCUUUGCAAAAGCGAUUCGAUGAUCUGGGCGUGAAAAAUACCGAAACUAAUCGCCGCGAUUAUCGACAAAUGUUAUUCAGUGCUGAUAAGUCUCAAUUUUCAAAAUACAUAAGCGGUGUUAUUCUACAUCACGAGACAGUGUAUCAAAAAACGACAGAUAACGUCGAAUUGAUCGAAUUGCUACGUGAGAGAGAUGUCGUACCCGGCAUUAAGGUCGAUAAGGGGCUUGUCCCAUUAUUUGGUUCGAAGAACGAGAAUACUACGGAAGGCCUGGACAAUUUGCAAGAGAGAUGCAUUCAGUAUAAACGAGAUGGUUGUCACUUUACCAAAUGGAGAUGCACGUUCACAAUCUCGGAGACAACGCCGAGUCAACUGGCCAUGGUUACGAAUGCGAACGUCCUUGCAAGAUAUGCCAGUAUAUGUCAGAGUGCACGAAUGGUACCUAUAAUAGAACCAGAGAUAUUAAGUAAUGGUAACCAUGGCAUAAACAGAGCGUUAGAAGUUCACGAAGAAGUACUAUCCAUUUUAUUUCGUACUUUGCAAGAGCAUCGUGUUUACCUUGAAGGCAUGAUCCUGAAGGUAGCGAUGGUUUUGUCGGGAAUUAAAAAUUCUGUCAAUUGCAAUCCUCAGAUUAUUGCUGAAAAUACGAUAACAGCUCUUCAGAGGACAGUGCCACCAGCAGUACCAGCUAUUGUAUUUUUAAGUGGCGGACAAUCGGAUGAAGAUGCCGUUGUAAAUUUAAACGCUAUUAACGCUUACGAAGGGAGAAAACCUUGGCCUCUUACGUUUUGCUAUGGCCGUGCUUUACAAAACACAGUCAUGGAAACGUGGAGUGGAAAUUCAGAAAAAGUGGAAGAUGCUCAGGCAGUCUUUUUGGAAAGAGCAAGGCUCUGUUCGCAAGCUUCAGUGGGAGAAUUAGAUCCUGAAAACGGCGUAUGCACCAAGAAGAGCUCUCGUUAAAACAAUCGAUCAGUUAACAUAUGCAUAAUGCUCGAUAAAUUGCAAUUAUGCAUACGUAUAAUAGAAGUGAAUGUCAUAAUUCUUUUCAAUAUUAGAUCUUCAGUUGCGUCAUGCAAAUGCCAAUUGCCAAUUGCUUGUCUGUUCAUUCGAAUAGAGUUGAUAUCUAGCGCAUCUUAUCAAUGAACUUUAUUGUGCAAUAAUAAAGAUAUUUCGACGAAAAACAGCUCGCAUUUCUUUAGUGACUGUGUGACAGUACGUUAACCUUUACAACGAGAAGUUUCAUCAGUAAAUUCGACGAAUGUCACGCAAGGUGCCCUUGACUGACCUCUAAAGCAGAGAUGCUCAAUCGGAGGCUCUCACGACGAUACGUGCGAGUAGAGUCGUAUAACGUUCGGGAAUUUGCUCCGUUAGUGGUCGAUACGUCAUUUCUAUGGAUCCCCACCAACCAUAGUAUUAUGUACCCCUUAUCCUUCUAGACCCUAAGUUUUAUGAACCGGAUCAUCAACACGUGCGCUCGGCAAUGUCGUAUAUAGUACACUUAUAUUACGACUUGGACAUAUUUAUUUUUAACUCGUUUUCUUGAUAGAUAUAAGAUGGAACCGUGCAAAAGAUAAAUGCAGAAAUAUCAUGCAAAGAUAUUAUGUGAUGUAGUACAUUCAUAGGAAAUAUGUUUACACAUGCUUUUGCUCGAUAUAUGCACAUGUAAUGAACAACAUAUAAAUAGGAUGACAUUAAUCGUUGGAUUAUUGUGAAAUGAUUUUAAUUAUAGUACUUGUAUUUAUUUUCGUGAUAGAUCUCGUUAAAAUUACUAGAAAUAGAUCUCGUUAAAAUUACUAGAAAAACCUUGCAACUGAGAAUUUCGUUGUUAAGUAUGAUCGUCAGAAUAAUCUCAUUUGGAACAUCUAUUGUAUAAGCCUAAUUUUAAGUACUUCGUGUGAUGCAUAUUUGAACAAAUAGCAAUAACGAAAUAUUCUAUAUACCAAACAUUGUUAAAAACAAUAAAAUGAACUUUCUCACGUACGCAAGUAGAAAUGAUCUCUGGUAUUAUUUUUCUGCAGAAAGUACGAAAGA